GCCACCUGGAGGAGGUCACACCGCAUGGGCAGAGCCCAAGUGGUUGCCUGGCUUGGCAAGUUGGGUUUCCAUCCCAGACGGCCGGCCGAGUGCCUGAAGCUUCUCUGCCCUUUGUGAUCCUGACCCUGGUGAAUGCGCCCUACAAGAGAGGGUUCUUCUGUGAAGACGACUCCAUCCGGUACCCCUACCGUCCAGACACCAUCACCCAUGGGCUCAUGGCUGGUGUGAUCAUCACAGCCACCACCAUCCUCGUUUCGGCAGGGGAAGCCUACCUCGUGUACACAGAGCGCCUCUACUCACGCUCCGACUUCAACAACUACCUGGCUGCCCUCUACAAGGUGCUGGGGACCUUCCUGUUCGGGGCGGCUGUGAGCCAAUCCCUGACUGACCUGGCCAAGUACAUGAUUGGCCGUCUGCGUCCCAACUUCUUGGCCGUCUGUGACCCUGAUUGGAGCCGGGUCAACUGCUCAGGCUAUGUGCAGCUGGAAGUGUGCAGGGGCAGUGUGGCCAAUGUCACCGAGGCCAGGCUCUCCUUCUACUCAGGACACUCCUCCUUCGGGAUGUACUGCAUGCUGUUCUUGGCGCUGUACGUGCAGGCGCGGCUCUGCUGGAAGUGGGCUCGGCUGCUGCGGCCGACAGUCCAGUUCUUCCUCGUGGCCUUCGCCCUCUACGUGGGCUACACCCGCGUGGCCGACCACAAGCAUCACUGGAGCGACGUGCUCAUUGGCCUCCUGCAGGGAGCACUGGUGGCUGGUCUCACGGUCCGUUACGUCUCAGACUUCUUCAAGUCCCGACCCCCGCUGCCCUGCCCGGCGGAUGAGGAGCCGGAGCGCAAGCCCAGCCUGUCGCUGACGUUGACCCUCGGCGAGGCGGACCCCAGCCACUACGGGUACCCGGUGUCCUCCCCUUGACUUGGAAGCCACCCUGUCCUUGGUUGUCCCUGGCUGGGUAGUGCCCGCUCCGGAUCCCCAGCUCACGGUAGUCAUUGGGGUCCCGGGUGCCUGGCCGUCCUUGCGGGUGUGCAGGGCCUGUCCGUGCAGCUCGGCGCCCCAAGAAGGCACGUGCUCACUCCUUGUGCCAGAUGCCGUGUGUGUCAGUAGACAGCCCCAGAGCCUCUGCCUUGCCCUGAGGACUGUGCUUCCGUGUGGCAGGGCCUCUCUGCAGGGCCCAUGCCCUCUGACUCACUGCAUGGCACCCAGGGGUGGGCUGAGUCAGCCCUUGGGGUUAACUCCCUCAGAGGGCCCUGUUGGGAGUGUGGCCUUUGCCAUGGGUAGGUGGUUGGGCUGAAAGCCUGGAUGUGAUCAAGGGCUUCUGCUGCCCAUGCAGCUGGAUACCUGGGUCUGCCCUGGGACCCUGGUGAGGUCCUCCCCUUCUGAAUCCUAUCCUCAACCAUAUGGACACUUCAUGCCCAAGUCCUAUGACCCCUCACCCAUGAAGAGGACCGGUGGCCAGUCUUCCUCACAUAAUAAGAGACCUUCCCUCUCUCCCUCCCUCCCACAUACUGUACAGUGGCUGGGCUUUGGGUGGGGGUCUUGGGUUGCUACCCCCCUUGGGAAGUGGGUCCUGGCUUGGCAUCACCCUUGGGCAGUUGAUCCUGGAUUAGCACUGCCUUUGGGGAGUUGCUUCUGGGGUUGGUUCCCCCUUUGGGAGUGGGUCCUGGGGCUGGCACCCCUCCACCCCCCACUUGUUCAGAGCAUUCAGUUUUUCAAUGAGAGGAUGACUCAUAAAUUUUGACCAAAUGGC